AAUGGCAGAAAAUAUAAUGAAGGAGAAAAUUAUUAUAAAGGAAGAAACUAGUCAUACAUAUUGUGCAUUUACUGCAGAGGAUUCGUGUACUGCAGAGGGUUCACGUACUGCAGAGGAUACAUGUACUGUAGAGGAUACAUGUACUGCAGAGGAUACAUGUACUGUAAAGGAUUCGUGUACUGCCGAGGGUUCACGUACUGCAGAGGAUUCAUGUACUGCAGAGGAUUCAUGUACUGCAGAGGAUACAUGUACUGUAGAGGAUACAUGUAAUGCAGAGGAUACAUGUACUGCAGAGGAUACAUGUACUGUAGAGGAUACAUGUACGGCAGAUGAUGCAUGUACUGUAGAGGAUACAGUUACAGUAUAUGUAAAGCAAGAAGAUGUAAAAAAGGAAAGCCCAGAUAUCAAAGGUGAAAUUGUUAAAGCAGAAGAUCCCCUUCACUCUCAAUCAAAAAGACUCAAGAAGAGUAAAUCGAAAGAAACGAGAUUUCCUUGCACGGAAUGUGAUUAUGUGUCAUCCUACAAACAACAUCUAAAAAAACAUGUUGAGAGCAUACAUCUAGGAAUUAAGUAUCCUUGUGACUUGUGUGACUAUGCUGGAACCGAAGCAGGAAGUUUGAAAAAGCAUGUCGACAAUAAGCACAAAGGUGUGACAUAUCCCUGUGAUAAGUGUGAAUAUGUUGCCACAACAGGAUCCAGUUUAAAGAGACAUAUUGUAAGCUAUCAUCAAGGUACGACAUAUCCUUGUGCUUUUUGUGAACAUAUUGCGUACACUCCAUAUAAUUUAAAAUCUCAUAUUCAGUGUAAACAUGAAGGAAUAAGAUAUCAAUGUGAUCGUUGUGAAUUUGCAGCGUCUCAUUUAGACUAUCUGAAGAAACAUAUUGAAAUUGUACACGAAAGAUUGAGAUAUCCCUGUGAUCAGUGUAGAUAUUCAGCUGCGUCAGCCAGUAAUUUAAAAAGGCAUUUUCAAAACAUACACGAAGGAAUCAAGCAUCCCUGUUUGGAGUGUGAUUACGCUGCCACUGAAGCAGGAAGUCUGAAGAAACACAUUAAAAUAAUGCAUGAAGGUGUUAAAAUUCCUUGUGAUCAUUGUAACUAUGGUGCAUCUACACUUGGUAAUCUGAGAUCACACAUGAAAAGAAAACAUAAUGCGUGAAAAACGACGAAAAAAGAAUAUUUUGAAAUGAGUUGAAUAAGCACGUGGCAUUCAAUCAAGGGUUUCCAGGGGGUUUUCAGCCCCCCUCCCCCCCACAUUGGCUGCUACCUACUGCUUACUACUACCUCUUGGAA